AUGAGCAUCUCAGCAAAAACAAAAAACGCAUUCUGUAUUUGUUGGUUACUUAUAAUCACUUAGACAUAUAGUUAGCAAUAAAAUUCUACAAAUACUUCAAAUUAAACUUAAAAAUAUUAGGUUUUUGGGUCAAAUUAUUUGUAUUAAGUCAACCAAAAUCUAAGUGCCCAAACUUUUUAGCUUUCAUUAUCAAAUAGCUAUUUCAGUCAGAGAUAUAUUGUGAUAGAUAUAAUUAUACUGUCAAAGCAGGAUUCAUAAUUUUAGUUUAUAUCUUGUUUAAACUACAAUCAAGACCCUUUGUAACAAGAUUCGUUUGUUAAUUAGGGCCAAUAUAAUUGCAGCUUUACUGAUUAGGUCGCUUAAUAGUAGAAUUUGGCUUAGCAACUUCUAAUUAUAGAUACGAGCGAUCCUUCUUAUCAAUAAAAUAACACAAUUUACCUAACAGUGCUAUACUAAUCCACUAAUAGCAUUUAAAAAGCUUCUUUAAUACCCUUACCUUAACCAAUUAAUUAUGAUGUGUAUGUUUAUUACUACAGUAAAGUACCAUGUCAUAGCAGCUGCAACGGUUUAAAUGGUUAUUGUAAUGAUUAAACUGGGGUUUGCAGUUGCAAUUAAUUCUACACUGGAGCUGAUUGUGGCUUGUACUUAAAUCCUUUAAAUAUUCAAAAUGAUAAAGACAGUACAUACAUAACAAUUUAGCCACGAUCCCAAUACACUUUUUCGAUAAACAUGACAAACAUUAUUUAGAAAGCUUAAGGAUAAAACAUUUAAUUUUCUCUUAAAAAGAUAUAUGGGGCAUCUAAUUUAAAUAUUUAUAUGCUUUUUAAUCAAAACUAAUAACCUUCUCCAGAUUAAUAUUAAAUGUAUUAUUCGAUGGCUAAUAGCUAUAUGAAUAUUUCAAAUGUAGACAGUUUGUGCAGUCAAUUUUAAAACAGCACAAAUAGCUUAAGCAAUAAUUCUUAAUAACCUUAAUCAAAUCAAUGCUUUAUCGUAUUUAAUAUGUAACAAUUAUCAAACUCAAAGCUAUCUAUUAUUGUGAAUUUUGGUAUUAAUAUUUUAGCUAAUACUACUACAAAUUCUGCGACUUCUAACUCAACUUAAAAUAAUAUAAAUAAUAAUACUAACUUAAGAGAUCCUAAAUCUAUAACUGGGAACAACUCAGGUAGCAACAGCACAUAUAGUACUUCACUAACAACAGAUGUACAAUCAAAGUAUUAAGCAUAUGAAAUAACAAUUUAUGUUUUAGUUGGCUUAGCAUUUAUUUUCGUAGCCUUUUUAUUACUAUUUACUGUAUGCAGAAGAUGCUAAAAAAUGCUUGAAAGUAGGUAUCUAAGUCAACAGUAAGAAUAAAUUCGAAAUGAUUAAGAAAAUUAAUAACAACAAGCAAAUAAUCCAGAUUUACUCAUAAAUUUACAAUUGAGAUUAAAAAUAUAAUAAAAAAAAAAGCUCAUUCUAUCAAAGAAACGUGCACUUUAGAAUUAUUUAAUGCCAAGUAUACCUUUCUAAUCAUAAACAAGAACAUAAUUAGAUUAAAGCGUACUAGCUGAAAGUGCAUUAGAUAAAGUAUCAUAAGAAGAAACUUAAAAAUAGAAAAGAAAAAAUCAAAAAGAUAACUUAUAACUGUAAGAUUUGGAGACAAAUCUUAAUAAGUCAGUUUAGUUGAAUACAAGCUUAAAUAGCAGUAAAUAAUGUUGCUCAAUAUGUUUAAUUGAAUUUGUGCCCUAAGAAAAAGUUCAAAAAACAAUCUGCAGUCAUACUUUUCACAUCGAAUGCAUUUAAGAUUGGAUUUAAAAGAAUGAUAAUUGUCCUCUCUGCAGAUAGAGUUUUGAUAUAUUAGAUAUGAUAGAUUAUUUAGCCAAAGAAAAAUUAGCUUAAGCUGAGAAUAAAGACUAAUAGCUUGCUAUCAUAUAGAAUAAGAAUAAAAUUGAAGACAUCCUAUUAACAUAAAAGGAACAAAUCAUUUAAUUUACGGAUGAUGAUUUUUUGACUAUUUUUAAAUUUUUCAAGAUAGAUAAAGAAUUAAUCAUUCAAAAAUAACCAAAACAACAAAAUGCUUAACCAGUAGCUAAUACUUAAAGCGAUAAAAUAACCAAAGAUGAAAAAGCUUUUAAGCUAGAAGAAUCUAACGCAUUACUUAAUUAAAAUUAUGACUAAGUUACUUGCUUAAGCCCUACUUAUUUGUCAACUCUCUCUUCACCUGUAAGCAAAUUUUAAAGCGUAUAUGUUCAAUAAUAACUUAUUUAGUCACCAACAGCAGAAUUACCAUAACACUCAUAGAAUCCAAGCAUUUUUACAUUAUAAAAAUUCUCAUAAAACUAAUAAGAGUUAAAUGCAUAAAAUAAUUAGAAAAAUACUCACAAAUCUAUUGAUAACAUUCCAGAAGAAGUCAGUUAUCCAAUUUAAAAUUAAAAUUACUUUUCUAGUAAGAGCUAAGUAUUCACCAAAAAAACUUUGAAUCUAAAAAAUAAGAAUUCUAUUACACAUAACCAUUUGAAAAUGUAAGAUGAAAAUUAAAACUAAUAUUAAAACUUUGCUAAUAACGAAGAGCAAAAAGAUGAAUAAAAUUAAGAAUAUUCAGAAAAUUAAAACAAUUUCUCAAGCUUUUAAAAUUAAACUGGAAAUUAAAAAAUAUUUACUUCAUAAAAAAGUUGA